AUGGGUCAGGACGACAAGGAAAAUGGUGUUCUGAACACUGUGGAUGUUCCUACAACUCCAAGACAUCUUUUAAACCGAUCGCAUUCGUAUUUGAAGGAUAAAUCGCCGAAAAAAACUGGGUCCAGGCGACCCCUUGCAAGCAAAGACAACAACAAGACUGGUAGCUUUUUGAUACGGAAAAAUGGGAUGAAACAGGCCGGUGCAAAAGCGGGCAGGCCCAAAGUGACGCAUACGGGUAGUUUCAUCAGCGGCAGUGGGCGCGGACCCGGUGCCGUAUCCGCACCCGUAUUGAACUCGAAGGGCGCGCCCCGAAUCAAGAGCCUCGUACUGAAGGACAUGCAGGAGGAAGAAGCAGAAUCGCCGAGCGACGAUGACGACGACGAACAGAACCCGCUGACUACGAGACUCAAGGCUGCGUUGGGCAGGCGUCGAGAAGGUGACAUCGACGAAGAGGCACAAGGCGGAUUGCUAGAGACACGAAAUGGCAUCUUGAAGCUUUUGCCCGACACCAAAGAUGCUGACAUUGACACAGAUAGUGACAUGGAAGUGGAAACCAUACCGCCGCGGGCACCAGCGUUACCUUACGAGCCCGAUGGGUAUACGCGGUUUACACAGACUCAAAUAGGGAACUUGCAAAAGGACGCGCCUUUUUCAAUCCGCGAUGAGGACUCCGACGGCGACUCUGACGGUCGGGAAUUUAAAUUGCAGCUUUUGCCACUUGAUCUGGAUCAAGAUGUUUCUGAAGAGGACUCACCAAAGGCACGGCCUGAAAAUGACAUGGCUGCUCGGGGAAAACGCCCUGCACAGAUCGUUUUUCCGCUGGAGUCGACCGUCAUUGAGCCAUCCUAUCCAGGAACGGGACUAAGCACAGAAGAACUAGAAGCUUUGCUAGAAUGA